CAACUAUAGGCUGAGAUUCAGAGAGGACAUUAUAACGCAUUUCACUUUUCAUAAUGACGGAACCUGCAGACACAGAGACCAGAGAGAUGUCGGACGUGGCUGCAGAGUCCCACGAUGUGACGAUCGAGACGAAGGUGCAGAUGAAAAAAGAAUUGGGAAUUCCAGGGGCCGUUUCCAUGGUAGUAGGGAACGUCAUAGUCACACUCGGUAUCGUAAAUACUUACAGCACUCGAUACUCUGCCCGGAUCAUGAUCGUCACUACUGUUGCCAAAGUCUCUGCGCUCGUCGUUAUCAUUAUCGGCGGCUUCAUCGUUAUUUCCCAAGGCACUGUGAGUGAAUUAGGCUCGGGCUUCCAGGGAACAUCACAGGACCCCUCUGCCUUGGCUCUGGCCAUCUACAGCGCGUCCUUUGCUUACAGCGGAUCGGAAUCAGUCAACAGUGUGGUCGAGGAAAUAAAAAGACCCUCAAGGACGCUGCCCCUUGCCGCCAUUUUCGGCGUCAUAGCGGUCAUGGCCAUCUACCUGUUGACCAACAUCAGUUACCUGGCCGUCAUGUCACGGGCUGAGCUGCUCCAGGCAGACGCUGUGGCUGUGCUGUGGGGUGAUCGAGUGCUGGGGAAAAUGGCCGUCAUCAUACCUAUAACCGUUGUCAUCUCUACCCUGGGCUCUGCCAACACCUCUGUGUACCAUUCAAGUAGGAUUUCGUUCGCAGCGGCUCGUGACGGGAACAUCCCUGAUGCAUUGAGCUACCUCCAGGUUGGCACACUGACUCCACUCUGCGCUAUGAUAGUUGACAUGACAUUAGCACUGGUGAUGCUGAUUCCAGCUGACAUCGGAACGUUCAUCAACUACAUGGGAUUCCUGAACUCUGUAUCGGACGCCCUCGUCUUCAUCGCGUUUAUCGUCUUCCGCUUCGGCAGCAUGCGUAAUGCCCACAGACCUGUCAAGGUGCCCAUCCUAAUCGCCGUGCUGAUGGUGCUGGUGAGCGUGUACUUGUUCAUUGCCCCGCUGGCUCUCUCGCCAAAGAUGAGCUACGUGUACGUCACCGCCAUUGUGCUGGGGACUACUUUGCUCGUCUACGUACCUUUCGUGGCCUGUGGGAUUAACGUACCGCUCUAUGAUCGUGUGGUCACCUGGGUACAGCUCACGCUCAACGUAUGCCCACCUGCCAAGUUUACCGACUGAGUGUAGAGGGCUUUGUACGCAAGGUACGGCUGUACUUCAAUAAUAAUUCGGAACGUUUACCUGCUGUUCUUGCACUGCGUACUUUUGUCAAACUUAUCGAACUUGAAGGAGAUUUGUACUUUUGUAAUAUAACUUGUCGUAGUAGAGAGUGAUGUAUACCUUUGUCAAACAUGUUGAACUCGAAAGCGAAGUGUACCUUUGUUAAAAAAUGUCGAAGUCGAAAGCAAUGUGUACUUUUUGUGAAACUUGUCGAAGUCGAAAGCAAUGUGUGCAUAUGUAAUGCAUUUUGUGGAGGUCGAAAGUGAUGUGUACUUUUGUAAUAAAACUUGUCAAUGUCAAAAGCAA